AGUAUUGAAAAAAGAGUAGAUUAGAUUGGCGAAUCCUCUUGAAACAGAAUAUUUAUAUCUGCAUUCAUCAGUUGAUCUGGGUUGCUUCUUAUUAUGCAAAAGUCAGAUGUAGCUUUUCUAUGAUGUAUGAGGGAGGAAGAGUGAUUGCAAACGUACAGCAGAGAAUUUGUUGUGUUUCAGAAUUUGUUAUGGGAAUUUCCAAAACCAAAGUUCUGGGAGUUAUUCUGAUACAAAUGGUGUAUCUCAACAUCCAAAGGUAUAGAACGAAUGGAAAGGAGGAAAAAAAAUUUACAAAUAAUAUGACUUAACAGCUAUACUCUUUAUGAGCUUAUGAGCUUAUUUAGUACCUAUGAAAAAAAAAAAGCAGUAGAACAUGCUGUAUUUUGAAGUUAUGAGUAUAAAGGGUAAAACCUGUAAGGCAUAGGUUGCUUCCAACCAGAUGUUGCAGUGUUAUAAUAACUUCCUUGAUUUCUAUCCUCAAAUUUAAUGAGGACACCAGAAAUGUAAGAGAUAUCCAGAAAACACAUUGUGUCUAAGAUUUCUCUCUUAAAGGGGUCUAAGUUUGCCAGCACUCACUCUCACUGUUGUUAAAGCAGUGGAAAGAAUUAUCUUCUUGUCAGACUUGAGUAGGUUCUUAGCUGUUUUGCUUUCUAAUAUGGUUUUCUUGGAUACUACAGAAGCAUAACCAACAGCUGCAGUUCUCUCAGCAAUUCUUUUCUGCCGUUGAAUUAAUAAUUCUUCCAUCUUCUUACGAAUCUCUUAGCAUCUUCUAUCAGUCAGAAACUUAAAAUGCAAAAGAAAAAGGGAAGGAAGGGAUAUCUAAGAAUUUAGAUUUAAGAAAUUGUUAAUCACUUCCUUCUCCAAUUUACUGUUCUGAAGUCUGGCCCUAGUCACAAGAGGUGAAGGUUUCUGGCUCUUAGAUAUAGUUUCAGCUCUGCCCUUCACAAUGGACCCAUGUAACACCUUGGACCUUGCUUCUUUGAUUGGCUUUUUUGUUCUGCAGUAAUCAUUGUUCUUGACAGUGGUGUUCUCACCAUCAGAAGGAAGCUUCUUUUCCUCAUAUUCCCUGGCUUCAACAUCUGUGCUUCUUCCAUUAGCUUCUGUGAGUGAUAUGUCAAUUCCAUAGUCCAAGGUCAUGGAAUUUCUGGCAGACUCAAAUCCAGCAUCCUGUCCAAGCACCAUGUAAAGGUCAUCUGGCUCAUAGGAACCAAGUACUUUGUGCUUAACUUGUGAAACAUCUGUAGUGCCAUCUUCUGGUUUGCAGGCUGAAGUUAGGUCUGCAAUCAUACUUAUUUCUG